GCAGCACUGAGCUGUGAGGUGUCUACCCUGCCGGAAAAGAUGUAGAGUGAGACGCAUGAAAACAAGAGAAUAAUGUCACAGAGACCGACCCAAGCUAGAGAAAUGAACGGACAGACAGACGUCGAGGUCGAUUACAAGCGGAAAUACAAAAAUCUCAAACGAAAAUUAAAAUUCCUCGUUUAUGAACAGGAAUGUUUUCAGGAGGAGUUGAGAAGAGCACAAAGGAAACUUCUAAAGGUUUCCAGAGAUAAAAGCUUUCUUCUGGACAGAUUGCUCCAGUAUGAGAGGGUAGAUGAAGACUCCUCAGAUUCAGAUGCAACUGUUUCUUCUGAAAACAGUGAAGGGGAAGGACUGAGGGAGAGGGAAAGAGAACGAGACAUAACAAAGAAGAAAAAAAGCAGCCCUGGAGCAUGCCUUUCCUCCUCCUCAUCAUCACCUCAUCUCUCUCUGCUGUCUCGUCCCGGCGUUAACCCCCUUCAGUCGUCCAGCGCCGGAUCGUACCUCAACACUAUGCCCUUCCCACCAGAGUAUUUGGCCCCACCAGCUGAGCGAAUGAAGAAAGAGAGAAAACCAAAGACGCCAAAAAACAAGAGAGAGGCCACAGGGAAGGUUGUUGCUCCGAUGGCGGCUAACUACACGUCAGCCUCCGGCGCUGCUCAGGCAGCCAGCGGCCCCUUCAGCUGGGUUCCCAAGCAAAUGCUCAGCGGAGAUGCGGCUGACGAGGAAGGUGAGAGCGACGGGGAAAGCGACAGGGGAGACGAGGACAGAGGGGAGGGAGACGAGGCCGAGCUCGUCAUUGACAUCCCCAAUGAAUGAGAGCGACUGGGAGUUGGGAUGUAUUUAAAGGCAGGAGGAUGAAGAGGGGCCUGAAUCUGUUCUUGAAUGUUUUUGUCUUGGAAGCCAAGCUCCCUCUGGUGGUUAUAGGGUCAAUUGCAGUGUGCAAGUAAUAAAACAGUGAAACAGCACUAGUUUCUUAAUUUCAGUCUUAGUUGUAUAGGGGCACCGAUCAUGCAUUUCCUGGCCAGAACUGAUUUCUGUGAUUUAUUUAUUUUUUUCAUCUAACCUGCUGAAUACAAUAUGUUUAUCUAUGUAAAAUCUCUUUUUCAUUUUUCUCUACAACUGAAUGUGACAAACAUUGACCAUAAAAGUAAAAAUGUGCGCCAGGCUCUUUGAUAGAGAAUGUUGUUUUAAAUGCUAGAUUUAUCCUCAUUUAAUGCACCAGAGCGUAUGUCUCGAACCCUCUUAUUUUAUUUUCAUUAGGGGUGUCCUGAUCAGGAUUUUCUUUGCCCCCAAAACUGAUUCAAGUCAUUUAAGAAGGGUGUUUAAUUAUAACAAGCCACAGUCCAACACUACAUUACAGUUAAUGCCAUAUAUGUAUCACAGUAUUUUAUCAGUGUUACAUGGACUAUAUUAGUAGUGUGAUUGUGUAGUUUGUCACUCACUCAUCAAUGCUCUGGAUGAUAAGGGAUCUGUUUUUCCUGGCAGCGACAGGUUCCUCCAUAUGCAUCUCCAAUAUAGGAUUAACUGGAAAGCUACUGUGCUGUUCUCACAUGGUGUCGCCAAAAACAUGCAUAGCAUUGAAGGGCUAGUUUUGAUUUUAUUUAAAAUGCAGUUUGGUGAAGUCAUUAUAGAUAGUAGUUCCCUUUCAUGUAGUAGAAAGAUGUCGUACUGUCAUGAGGUUGUUGAAAUUGUAAAUAAAUCUGGGGUGGAAGCUAACAGCUAGCCAGACACACACCAUAUGUUUUAGGUGAUUUAAAUAGGUCUAACAGAAAAUGCUUGUAUCAGUGGGGAUAGAACCUUGUGUUGGUGGGUAUAAGCAGUCCACAAUUUCACAGGAGACUCUUGUCAUGUUUGUUGACGUAUUUUUUUGACAGUGUCUGAGUUUGAGUCUUCUAGUCAUAUCAAUCUUCUAGAUCGGCUGAUUUUGAGACCUGGAAAGCACAGGAACAGACCAUUCAUGAUGGUGCUGCAUAAGUGACAGUCUGAUGCAAAAUCCAGACGUUUCUGCCACAGCAGACUGACAGAAAACUGAUCUGGUGAAUGAUACAGCUGAUUGGCUCAACCAGCUUUACUCCAUAGAAACACAGAUGUUGUUUGGCUGAACAAAACAGCACAAACAUGGUCUGUUGUGAACUUGUAGACUGUUAAUAGCUCCUAACUGCGUUCUGUCCCACUCAUAUGAAAAUGUCCAGUUUAAGCUUACCUGUAAUAGCUAGCUAAAACAAGCAGCAUACAUUUGACUAGCUGCUAGCUGCCACCAUUCCAGAAAUGUAUUUACAUUUCCAACAAACAAGCUGAAUGAUAAUGACAUCUCUCUGCUCCAUGUAAGGAAAGUAUUACCAUUAAUAGCUUUCCUGUGAUACUUGACUUGCUGGUCGUGAGACCAAGUUUUCCUCUAUUAUUUCAAUCACUGACUGCUUAACUGGUGCAUCAAUACCUGUUUGGUCAAUUGGAUCAUUUCUGCUGCUGUUUCCACCUCUUAUUUUAUCAGUUUAUACUUAUAUAUCUCUUAGGGAUCUGUUUUUGCUUUCCAUCUCAGAGUUCAUUCUUUGUAACCUUAGAGUUAUUAAUGUGUACUUGUUACGGUUAAUGUGGACUAGCUAUAAGCUGAUGUCUUUGAGAUUGUAAAAAUUACUUUUUUUAAAUACACAUAUGCAUUGUUUUUCACCUGUAAA